AUGUCCAGUUGCGGCAAGGAGGGAAAGGGGCUGGCUAAGGGAGGUGCUAAAUGGCACCAUAAGGUCUUGCAAGACAACAUCCAGGGCAUUACGAAGCCGGCGAUCUGUCACUUGGCUCGCAGCGGCGGGGUGAAGCGCAUCUCGGGGCUGAUCUAUGAAGAGAGGCGCGGGGUGCUGAAGGUUUUUCUGGAGAACGUGAUCCGCGAUGCGGUGACCUACACCGAGCACGCCAAAAGGAAAACCGUGACUGCCAUGGAUGUGGUGUACACCCUGAAACACCAGGGGUGCACCCUGUAUGGCUUCAGGGGCUGA